UAGUUGUAAAGUUUUCCGUGCUCUCGCCGCAGAAGUCGAUUUGUUGCUGCCACAGCCGUUAACUACGUUGUUGUUACAACUGUUGUAGCAACUGUCGCUUUACAGCUCGUUAUUUACAGACCCGCUUGCUAAAUUACACACCACCCUGUGUCCCAGUGAAGGUAUUUUCAUCUCGGCAGUCUUAAUUUCAGUGUUGCUAAACAGGAGAAGUGUCGGUUGGCCCUGUGAAGACAGUUAUGUAACGCUAUACGCGCCACACGCUGUGGGGUUUUGAGUAACUGCUAGCUAAGCUAGUCUAGUGCACCGAACUACGCGGAGCCGGCAAAGGAUUUAAAAUUUCACAUCGCAGGAACAUGUGAAUUAAACUUUGUCACUGCUGCAUUGUCAUGCCAUGUGUUCAUCCGGUUGUAAAAUUUAAAUCGGCUGGUACUUCAAGUUCAAACUCUCAAACUACUUUCACUAUCACUACUUGAAAGUUACGCCUGGCAUGCAGCUGUAAGAUAGCGUCCAAACACAGUUGCAUCAUUGACAGAAGACGACUGACAAGUUUUCUCUGACGGCGGUGGUGGCCGGGUCGGACAUGAUGCCGGGACAGAUCCCUGACCCUUCGCUGGCGGCGGGCUCCCUGCCCAGUCUGGGCCCGCUGGCGGGCAUCUCGGCCACCACACUCACUGAUCAACUCAAGCUGGCUGACUUCCGCCAGCUGGGCACCAUGUUGUCCCCGCUGCAUUUCCUGGGGAGGCUGGGGAAGAGGCCGCUUGCCAUCAAGACAGAGAUGGAUGAAGACGAAGAAAGGAGGAAACGGAGACGAGAGAAAAAUAAGGUAGCGGCAGCACGAUGCCGAAACAAAAAGAAGGAACGGACUGACUUCCUUCAAAGGGAAUCGGAGCGUCUGGAGAUGGUGAACUCAGACCUGAAGGCCCAGAUCGAGGAGCUCCGUCUGGAGAGGCAGCAGCUAAUGGUGAUGCUCAAUCUCCACCGGCCCACCUGCAUCGUGAGGACCGACAGUGUCAAAACACCGGAGAGCGAGGCCAACCCCUUGCUGGAGCAGCUGUCCACCGACGCCAAGUGAAAACCAGGAAACCAGGGACGCGGAGUCCCUAAAGCCCAGACUAGCACCACCGUGGCAGCCAUUAAAAUGAAAACAUUACUGGCAAUACAUUUCUAACCAAGCACUUGAGCUCCAAGCCGAUGACUUUUGGAGACUCUGCCCAAAGACCUGAGGUUGUACGGCUUCCUUAGUACUGCUACAUGAGCUGGCUCUGUCCAUUGGAAGACUGGAAAUACCCAGUUUCAUCUCUGCAUUAAGUGUUGUUGUUGACACCCACUGUGCCUAGUUGUUACUUCAACCAUCUCUACGUAAAGGGACCAAUGGAAACCAUAGAGUACGACUGGAAACAACGCAUGAGGAAACACACUAAUAUCAAUAUGGUGCUCUGUUACAAAAGCCCUGAGUAGAUUGUGUGGCAUUGAUUCAAUGCAGAGGCCCACAAAGGCUUAAUGUUCUGCAGUUUUCCUUUGUAUUCUAGCCGAAAUAUACAGGUGUAGAGUUUUUAGUAUACAGUACUCAAUACAUAUACACCAGAUGGAGUAGAGUUUCUUUUGUUUUUGUUUUUUUAAUGUUGAUUUCUAUACCCUGCCUCGACGAUGGCAGUCAACCGGUUGAUCCGAUUUGUGGUGACGCUGGCGUCAUGAAAAGCACAUAUACACAAAAUGUUUACACCCUUGUUUUUUGGACUUGUCCAUUAUUGUACUUGUUUUAUACUGCUUUGUAUACAUAAACAUAUAUGAAAUGCUUGUUAAUCACUUGAUGUGAUUUUGUCUUUUCGAUCUUUCCAGUCCUUGUCUCGUCAUGUUGCGCUGUCAAACAGCUGUGAAAACAAGCAGAAAUCUUUUCAGCUGAGCAGUAUUUCAAUGUCUGUUCUGGACCUGUAUCUGCUAUGUAUGACUCUGGUACCCUGAAUAGAUUAAAUUUUAUUUUCUAACUACAAGAAA